AUGAUUGUUGACAAAGCUAAGAUAUAUACUAACAGCGUACAUGGACUGAAUUCACCAGGUGAUCGUGUCACAGAAUUUUUAAUUGAUCCUGAAAUCAGAGUACUCAAUAAUCUUCCAACUUUGCCAUACACUGAAUCUUUCAUGGUUGCAUCUUGUGAUAAUAAUGGACAUCAUUUAUAUGUCACGGACACAUAUGGCACCAUAUCACAUGUUCUUGCUAGUGCCGUAGGAAGAAAAAGUGAUCUGAUAACCAAUUUUUUGGUUGAAAAUUAUUCAGCUACUAACAAAAGUAUCUUAGGAACAAUAGAGUUUGCUUUGAAGACACUGUGCGUUAUCACUGAACCAGACGCUAAAUUUAUUGAUGUUUCAGUUACAGCAUUUAAUAGACCAUUCGAAGUUGUUGAUAAAAGCAUAGUCAGUCAAUUUUUAUCAACAAUUGAGUUCUCAAGAAUAGUUAAUGCUGCGGUAAAAAUUAAUAAUAUUAAAUAA